UUCACACCCUAUCAUCAGAUGUUCUGUAGCCACUCAUUACAGGUUCACCAGCUUACAGGGGAAAUGGAUCAGUGUUUGCUGUUUCUCCUGCUGCUGCUGAUGGGCAGUGAGGGAUUGGGUCAACCAGAGGAAGUGUGCUCAAAGUCGGUGAUCAACUCGUGUAAUGACUGCAUCAAAUCUGGACCGUACUGUGUGUGGUGCCAAGACCUGAAUUUCACAAAAGCAGGUGAACAGGAAGCUGCUCGCUGUGACACCAGAGCUCAGCUGACAGCGAGAGGCUGCGAAAAAAUCAUCUCCCCCACCAACACACUGACCAUUGACAGGAAUGAUGCACUGGCUGAGUCUUUCAUCCAGCAGGAGCCAGUCCAGCUGACACCUCAGAAGAUCACUCUGAAUCUGCGCCCCGGGCUUUCUCAAACAUUCACCGUCUCCUUUAAGAGAGUUCAGGGUUACCCAGUUGAUCUGUACUAUCUGAUGGACCUGUCCUACUCCAUGAAAGAUGACCUGGAAAAAGUGAAAGAACUGGGACAAGAUCUUUUUGCAGCUCUGAGAAGAAUCACUCAGCAUGCUCAAAUAGGGUUCGGUGCCUUUGUUGAUAAGACAGUCCUUCCUUACACCAACACCAACAAAGAGAAACUGGAGAAGCCAUGUGAUGAGGAUGACCAGCAGUGUCAGCCUGCCUUCGGCUACAGACACGUGCUCAGUCUGACUCCAGACAAGAAUGAGUUUAACAGUAAAGUGAGCACGCAGUUCAUCUCUGGGAACCUGGACUCUCCUGAGGGGAGUCUAGAUGCCAUGAUGCAGGCUGCUGUAUGUGGGGAUAAAAUAGGAUGGAGGAACAGCAGCACUCGGCUGAUCGUCCUAACCACUGAUGCAGGAUUCCACAUGGCCGGAGAUGGAAAACUGGCUGGUAUCCUGGAGCCCAAUGAUGAACAGUGCUACAUGGAAAACAACCUUUACACCAAGGGUAGUGAGAUGGACUACCCGUCUGUCGGACAACUAGCUGUGCAGCUGGAAAAAAGUAAUAUCCAGCCGAUAUUUGCAGUGACAAAAAAUGUGGAGUCUGUGUACAAGAAACUCUCUAAAAUGAUUCCAAAAUCAGAGGUGGGAGUUCUGACGUCAGAUUCCAAUAAUGUUGUCCAGUUGAUUGAAACUGCCUACAAUCGGCUGUCCUCCAAAGUGACUUUGACCCAUGACAAUCUGCCUGACAAUGUCAGAAUUGUCUACACCCCAAUAUGUGAUAAACCAGUAAAAGGACGGGACAGCGAAGGGGUUUGUGAUGAUGUGGUCGUGGGACACAAGAUCUCUUUUAAUGUCACCGUGACCGCAAUCUCAUGUUUGGAGAAGGACACAUCUUUCACUAUCAGACCCCUGGGCAUAAAGGACACACUGACAGUGAGCUUAUCUACAGAGUGUGAGUGUGAAUGUAUGAACCCCACUGACCAAGAACACAAACACUGCUCAGGGAAGGGAAGAGUCAACUGUGGUAUUUGCAGCUGCAAGGAAGGCUUCGUUGGUCAGUUAUGCGAGUGUGCCAUUGGCGACAAAGACGAGCGCUCCCUCCGGGCAUCCUGUCAGAGGCAGAAUGGCACCGAGUGUGAGGGUCGAGGAGACUGUGUGUGUGGCAGGUGCCAGUGCCACAGGACAGAGAGUGGAACCAGUUACCAUGGUGACUUCUGCGAGUGUGAUGAUGAACACUGUGAGAAGUUCCAGAAUAAACUGUGUGGAGGAAAAGGUAAGUGCAACUGUGGCACCUGUGAAUGUCAACCUGGCUACGAGGGCUCAGCCUGUCAGUGCAAGGUGACUGUGGAGAGCUGUCGCACAACCAACAACACCGUGUGCUUCGGCAGAGGAGCCUGUAAGUGCAACCGCUGUGAGUGUAAGGAGGGAUACCAGCGCCCGCACUGCCAGAAGUGUCUUUCGUGUCCUCACUCAUGCCAGACCAAACUGAACUGCAUUGAAUGCCUGGCUUUUGACUCAGGUCCCUUUAAAAAGAACUGUAGCAUGGCUUGCAGCAAGAGCAUUUAUUACCAGAUGGUGGAGCAAUUCAGCAUAUCAAGCAAGGAGUGCCAUCUGAAGGACUCUGAGGGCUGCUGGAUCACGUUUAAGCUGGAGCAGCUGGUCGGAGAGGACAACUUCCUGGCUCAAGUGAAGCAGAGAGACUGUCCAGAACCACCCAGCGUUGUAGCGAUCAUCGCAGGCUCAGUAGCGGGUGUGGCUCUCAUUGGCAUCCUGCUGCUGUUGCUCUUCAAGUUACUGAUCUACAUGAAUGACCUGAAAGAGUUCAAGAAGUUUGAAAGUGAAAAGAAGAAAUCCAAGUGGGCAAACGCCGACAACCCACUGUUCCAGGAUGCUACCACCACCGUGUCCAACCCCAUGUUCACUGGAGAGUGAGGACCUCGACUGCAGCAAACACAGCUCUGCUGUAUCUGAACUAGAGAAAAAUAAUUUUAAAGCUCAUGUGAUAUUUCAUUUCAAAUAUCCAUUGCUGGCAUUAAUGAUUAUUCUCUUCUAUACAUGACUGCAGUUCUUUGUCCAAAAAUUAUGCAUUCUUUUUCAUUGCUUAUAAGACUUACACAUGAAAUGUACUGUAAUGUCGCACAGCUUAUGAUAUACACAGUAAGAGAGUUUAUAGUGGUGCAGCAUGUACAGGAUAGGAAGAAUAUAAUGAUGUAUAAUAAUCAUAUCCUAGAUGUAUCAUCGAUACUUUUUGCUCCUGUUUCUAUUCACUGUUGCAAAUUAAAAGCCUCAUUUCAUUGACAGUAGUUUCCCUCUUCAUAUGAUUGACAGCAGUAUUUCUGUAAAAAUAAAAUGAUAGAGUUGUACUGAUGGAAUCAGAGCUAUGGAAAUAUACAUGAUUUUCAGGUCAUACUUUAAAAUGACUCAAAAUUCUCUAAAUAUUAAACAUCAGAUUUCCUCCCACAUUUCAUCUGAAACUAUUAUGUGUCAUUUUCACUUUAAUUUUUUCUUUCAUGUCCAGACUGCUGUCAGAGGGUUCAUGUUGUGAUACCCUCUUACCUUGUCAGUCAGGUACAAUAAACAGCUUCUCUAGUUCA